ACUAGCUAAAGCAGUUUGAUUCGAUCCAACACUGUGUGAGUAUGAUUUUUCGUUUUGACAGUUUGUGAUAAGGUUCCGCGUAUAAUUACGCGAUGAAUAGGUUCGAGUACGCCGAUUCUCGGCUUAUGCCGAAUGAGGUUUACGUGAGACGUGAUAUGGCCGUGCGUCUCUACGACGGCGAUAUAAAGACAAACUUCGAAGGCGGCGAAUUAAUCUUAACUAGUCACAGAAUACUCUGGGGCAGACCUGGCGAUAUACCACGAGGUAAUACUUGCUUGUCGCUGUCGCUUCGAUAUAUCGUUUUCUUCGAGGAAGAGAAUCCCGGACCGUUUUCCUUCGGACGUAGUAAAAAGAUUGUAUUACAUCUCUCUGAACCUGCCAUUGAUAAAAUGCCUGGUCCGCUGGAUAAUAGCCUGUCUAAUUAUGUCAAGUUGUCGUUUAAAGAAGGUUUAGAUUCAAAUUUUAUAACACAAUUAUCCGAUACCAUUAUAAAACGAGUAUGGGAAUUGGCUCCUACCACAGGUCUAAAUGUGCCUAACGAUGCGCAUGAUAAUCGAGGAAAUUCAAAACUGCUACCGCAGAUAAAAACACGAACGGGUAUCAUUGGUAUUGAAAGAAGUUUGCAAGAGAAGCAGAAAGAAACUGAUCAAAAUAUAUCGUUAGCGUUUCAAGACCUCACAAAACUUAUGGAUAUGGCUAAAGACAUGGUGGCCAUCUCAAAGACAAUCUCUGCUAAAAUACGGGAGAGGCAAGGUGACAUAACGGAAGAUGAGACCGUGAGAUUUAAGGCUUACCUAAUGAGCUUAGGUAUUGAUGAUCCAGUAACAAGGGAUGCAUACAAAAGCAGUAAUGAAUAUUUUGAACAACUAGCAAGACAACUUGCAUAUAUCUUAGAAGAACCGAUAAAGGAAGUAGGCGGCAUGAUGACACUUACAGAUGUUUAUUGUCGUGUAAAUAGAGCAAGAGGUUUGGAACUGUUGUCUCCCGAGGAUUUAUUACAUGCCAGUAGACGGUUAGCGCCCUUAGGUUUACCGAUUGUAUUAAGAAGCUUUGAUAGCGGCGUUAUGGUUCUCCAAAUUCGUUCUCAUGAUGAUAAUGCUGUCGUGGAUCGUAUAACGGAAUUGCUGAAGGAAAAGGAAUCUUUGACGGCCGAAGACCUCGCACAAUCGGAGGGUAUAUCAGUAUUGUUAGCGCGCGAGCGAUUGCUAGUCACAGAAAAGCACGGCAAAGCGUGCAGGGACGAUUCGAUAGAGGCUUUGAGAUUUUAUCCGAAUUUAUUUUUAGAAGAGAUAUCUAAUUUAUUCAUUAAACGAACCGUGUAAAUAGAACCGCAACCAUGAUUAACAAUGAUUGUGUAUAAUUAAUAGUACAUGAUUUUCCGUAUUAUGUUAUUUAUGUAUAUACAGGAUGGAGAUUAUUUUCUAAAAUAGCGGUUUAAUACAUUUGUUAUUAUAUUCUUUGACAAAUUUAGAAUCAAUUUUUCCUUGAAUAUUUUUCUUUUAUUUUUCAAUUUUUAUGAUUAAAUAUCUUAGUAAUUAAAAGUUAAAUUAAGAUUCUCUCAAAGUGUCUAUGCUAUCUGAAAUUAUAUAAUGUAAAGAAUAAAAUGUUGUUAUUUAUUCUCUUAUACUGGUCAAGUUUAAUCUGAAGAAAAUAAUUUAUUUUAAUUAAUUUCAGUCUUUAAUUUUAACUUGUUUAUAAUUAAGAAAUAUUAGUAGGUAUUUCAAUACUUUGAUCAUACACACAUCAAGAAAUUCAUUCUAAAGAUAAUUCAAGAAUAUAUCGGCAAAUUUUAAUCCACUACUUCAGAUGCACCCUGUAUUAGACAUUGUGUUAUAUAUUGUAUAGCAUAUAAAUGUCUGCUGUACAAUACCGUCCACUAUCAGUGAAUUACGGUAUCUUCCACAAGUGAAUGCGGUUAAAUUUGUUCGCACAAUUAAUAUAGUAUAGUACAAGAUGUCGUAUAACAAUACAUAUAUAUUAUACCUUUGACGAACACAAGCUCGAACGUACCUGUUCGUUUAAAAACAGUUACUUUACAAACAUUAAUUUAUACAUCAAAAAGUCCGACUACUAUAUUUAUGUCCAAUUAUUACAUACUUGGAACAAUCAUUCGUGUAAUAUUAUUUGUACAUUAUAAAAUACUCUUUGAAAAUAAAAUAAAAAAUUUGCGCAUUUUAUUAAAUUUCUUUAUAAAGAUCAAUGUUGAUAUCGCGCAAUUGUUAGAAUUAAUUUGCGCGUGCGAUAAUUUUUCCAUUAAUUCCUAAUGAUUUUAACGUUUGAGGUACGUUCGAGUGCAUUUUGAAAUGCAAUAGGGAAGGCUUGGCAAGGUUCAUUCUUUAAAAGGUCUCACUUUAAUCAACGAGAUACGAAGACUAUAAUGCAUAUAUACAUAUACAGGAUGGGGUGGAAUGUGCCCUUAUUAUAUCACAGAGAGGCGUAACAAAAAUAUAAAAUAAUUUAAAUUUUAUAUAGUAUUUUGUAUGUGAACUUUUUCUCGCGUUUCAUUCAUGCAAUCGCUAUGUGUUUUUCGUGAUUCGUCCUACAAAUUGUUAAUAUUGUAAAAUUAUUAGUAAUACCGAUAUAUGUUGGAAUAUUUACUUAUCGACGCGCAUGUAGUAUUGCUGUAUAAUAUACCAUUUAUUUAUUAACAUAUUGCUAAUAACAUAUAGUUUUCAACUCUGACGUGCGCUUUGAGAAUUUAAGAAAAAUUAAUUUUUUAAAUCUAUUCUAUUAAAAAAGAAGUUAUAAUUAUUAAUGCGCAUAUGGUGACGCUAUUUGUGGUACGAAUCACUCUACACUAUUAUUGUCAUUAUCAUUCGGUUCUCUCUCUUUCUCUAAUUUUCUCUGGUUGUCUCUCUUUUCUUUUGUAUUACAUUUUUUGAAUUUCUUUAUUAUUCUCUUAUCGUCUCGUCCUCGCCUACUCUUUUUCUAUGCUGUAAUCGCUUUUCCAAUGUCUUUCAUUCUUCUACUUUUCUUCUAUCGCUUUUUAUCUUUUACCAUAUUAGAACUAGCCUCUGACAAAAUUAAAUUCUGAAAAAAACGAGAUGCAAACUAUUAAACAACUCUCAUUUCUUUUCCUCUGAACUCGUCCUGCGUAUAUGAUAUCAUAUCAGAUUAAUAUAUACACAAGAAUUCCGAGAACGGUGCGUAUAUCAGUAGCAAUAACUCCAGAGAACAUCCUCUUAUAUUACUUCACGUAACGAUAACUUUAUCGUUGCGAGAAAAUCAAAUUAUGAGAAAAUCCAACGCAUUUUCGUUGAAAUAAGGACCUUGAACUCCUUUCGCAACCGUUUUCUGUGCGACACCGUAUAUACGACGUUCACGUAUAGACAAACGCGUAGACACGUUAUAUAGUAGAUGCGUAAUAUACGCAUAGACGUGAAUCGCGCAUAGGUAUUAAGAAUAAAAGUUCAGUUUGUGCUGAUAUACAACAGUGUUAGAUGCUAAAAUAUCAAUCUUGGCGUAUAUGUAUAUACGUAUGUAUGGGUAUGUAUAUAUAUAUACAUAUAGAUUAUGCGUAUCUUCGCUUAUGUACAAUACCUCCUUAUUACUUAUACACACAUACACGCAUGCACGCAUAACUCUUUACAUUAAAAUCUACAAAUUAUACAUAAUUGCACAUAUUAUUUAACACAAAAAAAGCUGCUUCCGUUAUUUUGAUUAAACUACCUAAAAGACAAUAAAGUUCCAACUCUAAACCUAUAAAUUAUCAAUAAAGAAAAUUUUAAUUGUUUGCAAAUUUUAGCUAUUUUAGCAAAAGUUAGAAAUAGAUAAAUUGUUAGAUUAAAACUAUAGAUAAAAGAUAUUAUAUAACUCUAAGUGUCGCAAAUAAGAAACUUACAAUAAAAUUUUACAAUGAUAUAAUCUUUCCAUUAUUAGCCAUCAUUAUUAGCCACCGUUAUUAAAGAUAGUCGUCACUAUGAUUCUCGCAAAAUACAUGUUCUCCGUUCUCCUAUCUCUGUCGCGUGAUUUUCCGUCUAUCUAAAUUUAUUCUUGCGUAUAUAAUAUAUCAGUGAAGAGAUAAAAUCGUUCGCAAAGGGAUUGCGCCUUACAAUUAGAUUUAUGAAGAUUAAUGAGAAGUGAGCGAUAUUAGUCCCAUUAGUAGUUGGCGAUAGAAAAAUCUGCAUAAGUUAAUAAAUGCGAAGUGGAAUAGUGGAUUUUUUAUGAGACGAGAAGAGUGUAUAGUAUAGAUUGUAAAAUUUUGCUCGUAAUAAUGUAUUUUCUUAUAUAUAUGUAUAUACGUACACGUAUGCGCGCGUGUACAAAGACUAAGGUUGCAAGUUGCAUGUAUAUGAAGAGGUACAAAAGUUGUAGAAUAGGCGUUGAGGUCCAAAAGGCUGUCUAAUUCGUGCGAGUCAUUUAACAUUUGUUUUUUUUUGUUUUUUUUCU